AUAUUUCCCUACCACCUUCCAUCUAAGCCAAGACAGCCGGGCAGCUUCUCUCUCUCUCUCUCUGGAAUAUAUUCAACGAGGUAACCAAUAUAAAAAUACAUGCACCUGGGCUGCAGCAGUAGCAGUGGGUAGCAUUAAUAACAAUACAGGAGUUAAAUAAUCAAUUAUAAUGACAUAGCUAGCAGUAGAAGCGCGCAGUGAUGGCGUCGGAGACGAGGUCGCCGGUGAUACCGGGGCUGUACCGGAGGCGUUCCAGCGGCGAAAUCAAGAAUUUGGCCUCCGUUUCCAGCAGCCUGCUGCCGGCGUUCGGGACGGUGGUGGAUGAAGGCUAUCUCCACCUCAAAAAAUAUGUGAUCGCUCCCUACGAUCGAAGAUACAGGUGGUGGCAAACGUUUCUGGUGGUAUUGGUGGUGUACUCAGCAUGGGCAUCGCCGUUCGAGCUAGCAUUCAGAGAAGUGGCUACGAGGUCCCUCAUGCCCAUGGACAUGGUGGUGGACGCCUUCUUCGCCACCGACAUCAUCCUCACCUUCUUCGUUGCCUACUUGGAUAAAUCCACCUAUCUCCUCGUUGAUGAUCACAAGAAGAUCGCCAUCAGGUAUGUUACCAAAUUAUGGUUCCCCAUGGACCUAGCCUCCACGUUGCCAUUUCAGUUUAUAUACAGUGUCGUCACCGGCAAAAUGCGUCCCGGUGACGCUUUUGGCUUCCUCAACCUGCUCCGCCUCUGGCGUCUCCGCCGCGUCAGCGAACUCUUCUCCAGGCUAGAGAAAGACACGCGCUUCAGCUACUUCUGGACAAGAUAUUGCAAGCUCAUAAGCGUUACCCUAUUUGCAGUGCAUUCAGCAGGCUGCUUCUACUACUGGCUGGCCACACACCACAAAUCCGAAAGCGAUACAUGGAUCGGAGCUCAAAUUCCCAAUUUUGAGGAAAGGAGCAUCUGGCUUGGCUACACCUAUUCAAUGUACUGGUCCAUUGUCACCCUCACAACAGUUGGCUAUGGAGACCUGCAUGCUGAGAACACAGGAGAGAAGGUUUUCAAUGUGCUCUACAUGCUUUUCAACAUUGGCCUCACUGCCUAUAUCAUUGGCAACAUGACCAACCUCAUUGUUCACAGCGCCGUCCGAACCUUUGCCAUGAGGGAUGCAAUAAAUGAGAUUUUACAAUAUGCAAGUAAGAAUCGACUCCCGGAAGGAUUGAAAGAGCAAAUGUUGGCACACAUGCAGCUGAAGUUCAAGACGGCAGAGUUGAAGCAAGAAGAAGUGCUGGAGGACCUGCCCAAGGCUAUAAGAUCAGGCAUUGCCCAGCAUCUGUUUCUCAGAACCGUUGAAAAUGCUUACCUUUUUAAUGGAAUCUCUGAGGACCUUGUCAUCCAAUUGGUUUCAGAGAUGAAAGCAGAAUAUUUCCCACCAAAGGUUGAUAUUAUCUUACAGAAUGAGAUACCCACAGAUUUUUACAUUCUAGUAUCAGGAUCAGUGGAUAUGCUGACAUACAAGAAUGGGAUGGAACAGUUUUUGACAAAACUGGGGCCAGCAGACAUGGUAGGAGAAAUUGGGGUAAUUCUCAAUAUUCCACAACCUUUUACAGUGAGAACAAAGAGGCUUUCUCAGGUGAUCCGGAUCAGUCAUCAUAAUUUCAAGAAAAUGGUGCAGCCACAUAAUGAUGACGGGAAGACAAUGAUCUCCAACUUUAUUCAGUACUUGAAGGGCUUAAAACAGGAGGUACAAGAAGAAAUACCGUUUCUUCCAGAGUUGUUGGGUGAGCUGGAGAUAGAGCACACAGAAUCAAGUGAGGAACCACAAACUCAUGAAGGGUUGAAAACAAAUUAUCAUGGAGAUCCAAAUAUAGAAGGAACAUCAAAUACUAGUCCAUUAACAAGGACAUUACCCAUACGAUUGGUAAUUCAUGGACAUCAUCCAAAUGAAACUACGAUGGAAAAUGAAAGCAUGGGAAAGCUUAUACAUCUACCCGACUCAAUAGAAGGCCUUUUGGGAUUAGCAGAGAAAAAGUUUGGCAGAAGAGGAAGCAAAAUUCUCAUGGCUGAUUGCUCACAAGUGGAAGAAUUGAGUGCUUUAAGAGAGAAUGAUCACUUGUUUAUCUUCUGAAAAUGUUCAAAUAUUAGCCUAUACAUGCAGUUGCUUUCUUCAAGCAAUGACCUGAACAAUUGUAAAGUUUGGAUUGCAUGAGUAAUACAUUAAAAGGAAAAAAGAAAACAAAGAAAGUAUAACACUA